AUGUCGGUCGCAAGCACGGAUUGGGACCUAUUAUCGUCCUAUGCCGGUCUCCUGUCAUUAGCAUGCGCGUCAAUAUAUGCUGGGUCCUAUGGCUCACUAUCAGUUAGGCACUCCUCAUUCUGCAAAAGUUUCAAGCGACCAGGAACAGAACCUGAUGAACAGGAUGAACAGGAAGUCGAGAGAUUGUCGUCCCAGGAUGCUUAUCUGUUCCCGGUGGUUGGUUCCGUCGUGCUGUUCGGCUUGUAUCUUAUCGUCAAGUACUACGGCAAGGAGUGGAUCACAUGGCUGUUGCAAUGGUACUUCACCAUUGCGGGAGUCGGCAGCGUGGGCAAGUCGCUUAUCUCCGUGACGCGCUGGCUCGUUGGAGAGUCACGUUGGAAGAAGUUUGAUAACAACAAAAUCCUGGUACUUAAGGGGCCCCGCGAACUGCUAUCGUUCUCUCUACGGACCCCAUCUCUCUUCCUCCUACCUAUUGGGGCGAUACCCUCAAUCUUGUAUACUUUUGGUGGUAGUGUUACUCGUCGCUCUGCUUUGCUCACUGAUAUCUUGGGCUUGUCGUUCUCGCAUAAUGCUCUCUCCUUACUCAAACUGGAUUCAUUCAAGACUGGGGUGGUUCUCUUGUCGGGCCUGUUCGUGUACGACAUCUGGUGGGUGUUCGGGACCGAAGUGAUGGUCAAGGUCGCUACCAACCUGGACGUCCCCAUCAAGCUGCUGUGGCCCAAGUCCGUGCUAUUCUCCGCAGAACGAGGAUUCACCAUGCUCGGUCUCGGCGACAUCGUGAUCCCAGGCAUGUUUGUGGCGACCGCGCUUCGGUACGACUAUCAUCGUGCUUCCCGUCAAGGUCAGCUCGCCUCGGUUCGAAAGGCAUACUUCCAUGCUGCACUGGUCGCCUACGCGCUUGGUCUCGUUACCACCAUGUCUGUGAUGCACUUCUUCCGGAAGGCGCAGCCCGCACUUCUCUACCUAAGCCCCGCUUGUAUCCUGUCUUUCUUCGUCAUGGCGCUGUUCCAAGGAGACCUUAACGAGGCGUGGAGCUGGUCGGACCAACUGGAAGAGAAGCCCGAGCAACGUUGCGAUAAGUCGGCUGCUGGCUCGAUCGACAGGAACCCACAGGUGGACGCUGCGGCGAACUCCCUCAAUGGCGAGGAACCCCUAUCCGAGGAUGCGAUUACUCCGUCAUUGCUUCCAGAGGAGUCGCCGGAGGGUUCAGAGGGGGGAAGCGGUUGA